GGUAAUAUCCGGAUUUGCUCAGGGGUAUUGCCUCCGUGUGCUAGAUAUUGUGAUACGCAUUGCACCGCACUGAUUUGGAGGAUAUGUCACAUUUCAUAAGUAUAUGAAAGUAGCCAUGUCAUCCCAGAUAAAGACCAAAAUGAGUGGUACACUGGAUCAGAUGGUUCCUCAAAGUUACGACGAGUCCAACAAUUGGCUUCUGCAUCCCAGCGUUGAAGUGGCUAAUACCACAACAAGUUCCGUGCCGAGCGACAUUUCAACUGUUUCAAACACGUUUCAGCGUCACAUCACAUCCACAGGCAGUAACCAGCUUACAGCAGUCAAAAUGAAGAGUGGAGUCACCGAGAACAUCCUCUCAUUUACAGAGUCACGUCCGUGGGGAUUCAAGUCUAGUCCCAAAGAGCUUGAGUAUCGAGAUGGCCUAAAACAGAUAUUUAAUAAUGGGGUAGUUCCAGUGCAAACGGGCUUUAAAACACUCCUUGAGCAACUCCUGGCUCGACUAGAUGACUACGAGAUCGAGCUUCUGAGCUACCAGCAGAACUUGGAACUUCAGCAACAGUUCUUGCAGGAAAAGACAAAUUAUUUAAAUCGCUACCAACGGGUACUAUUUCUCCGGGAACAGGAAUUGGGGCAGCUAGUGCGUAGAAUGCAUGCUACCGAGGCCCUCAUCGAAUUGAAGACGACUAUCGUGUCUAAGAAGAGCGUUGCCAACAUUCGAAGGUAUGAAAGCACUCGCCUAAACCAGUUUGUGAAUGUAGUUGAAAUGGCAGUCAAGGAGUUCAAGAGCUAUGAUAACAUUGGGUUCUUUGAUUGCGAUGUCUUAGAUGAUAUAGAGGUCAUUGAAAGGUGGGCCAAAGGGGUGUUGAUGGGAGAUGUCAGAACAAGAAUUCUACUGAGAGAAGGUCGGUCGGAGCUUUUCUUGAAAAACUGACUUAUCCCAUGAAGACAUCCCAAAGCAAAUUAAUUAUUCUUAUUUUGUAUAUAGCUGGUGUCCAAAAGCUCCCUUGGAGUUCUAUGUAGUUUUCAAUGCAGUGUAGCCAUUCUCAAUUUAUUAUGCAUUUUGCACCCAGCGUUUAAUCACCAUGAAACACCAAUCACAAGAAUCCCCCCAUUCACAGUCUUCUUACUCUGAGCAGAUAUUUCCCCCAGAAGAAAUGUCUAACAGAGUGAGUACCGUCGGUGGAAACAGACAAGAACAAGAAAACAACCCUGUUUGUGUUGACGAGAAUGCAUUCCUACUACCACUUUACCGAACUGCUACAGAUAAUUUCACCAAUAGCAGUAAUG